CGCUGGUUUACGGCUUGAAACCCGGAGAAUAACCGGCUAGAUUGACCCACAGAGUCCGAAUUGCAGCUAGUCAAGAGCUAUUGACUUCUGGUGGUCUCGAGCAUUUGCUUCUACAUCGAACGACCCUUGAAACCUCUCACAAGACCCGAGAAACAGACCGUAUCACAUCGUCAUGGCACCUACCACCACCACGAAGACUGUGGAGGAGCCUGUACGUGUCGCGGUGCCGUCCGCUGAUGCCAAGGUUGACGCUGACGUCCCGAAGCCUAAGGAGACCAAGCCGAUCCCGUCCACACUGGCGGAGAUGAGUGAAAGCAUCGAUCAGACCACAUUCGAGCAGAUUCUCGAAAUGGAUGACGAGGGGGACAACGACUUCAGCAAGGGCAUUGUGUACGGCUUCUUUGACCAGGCAGAGAGCACAUUCGAGAAGAUGGAGAAGGCUCUAAAAGAGGAAGAGCUGAAUGAACUGUCUUCUUUGGGACACUACCUGAAAGGAUCGUCAGCCACUCUUGGACUUAUCAAGGUCAAAGAUGCAUGCGAGAAGAUUCAGCACUACGGCGCCGGCAAGGACGAGACCGGCUCGACUGACGAACCGGACAAGAAGACCUCCCUGUCGCGCAUCGAGAAGACCCUGACGCAGGUCAAAGUGGACUACAAAGAAGUAGAGGCAUUCCUGCGCAAGUACUAUGGCGAACCCGCGUCCUCUUCUUGAAUUUAGGAUGAACAGAAACAAAAGGGCAAGGUAGAUGCAGGCGAGGGUUCUCUGUCAGUUAACUGAAUAUACGCUGAGGGCGAGGCCACACGCUCCGCCCAAGACCAAUGCAAUCGAAAUCACGAAGUGACAGCAAUCACCACCAGCUAUUCUUAAGACUGUGGACAGAUGAAAGGGGAGACAACAUGCCGCAGGGGGAGGUUGGGUUCCUUGCCCCUUAUCUUGGCGGGGGGUGUUUGUUCCUAGACCUGUAUGAACUAUGAACCAAGGGAAUAUGAAGAA